CUUCAGAAGCCCUGCAGUCUUUUUUUUUUUUUUUUUUUUGUGACAGUCACUGUGCUAUAAAAAGGCAGCAGCUCCUUGCUGAAAGCAGAGUCAUCUUGUCUUUUACAACAGGAGGAGUUUUACAGACACGCUGGCUUUUGGACACACACACACAUAUACACACACACACACACACACAGGGAUAAGGACCUGUUCCUCCAAACAAAGACACUCUUUCAUCAUUUUAGUCAAGGUCAGAAAGCUCUUUGGAUUUUGCAGAGAAUUUGUGAAAGUGCAGAGCCAAGUCAGUGAGCAUUUUCUGUCACUUCUCCAGCAGACAGAUCUUGAAGAAAGGAUUUCCUGAGCCAAAAAAUCCAGAAGGUCAUGAUGAAUGAGCACGGCUUGGCCAUCGAUUUGCUGCUCAUCUGCUUGUCUUGUGGAGCAGCAAGUGUACUUGCAGCAUUUAAUUCCACCAUCUCUGCUCCACCGUCCACCAGUUUCUCUGACAUUAACUCCAAAUAUCACAUGGACCAUGUAAACCUUCCAAAAAAUAGACGGAAGAGGUACAUUUCCCAAGACGACCGGCUGGCCAUUCUUGAUUACCACAAUAAAGUCAGAGGAAAUGUUUUCCCACCAGCUUCCAACAUGGAAUACAUGGUGUGGGAUGAAACCCUCGCUCAGAGAGCAGAAGAGUGGGCUUCCAUGUGUCUUUGGGAACACGGCCCUCGCAAUCUUCUCAGAUUCCUUGGGCAAAACCUUUCUGUACGAACUGGAAGGUACAGAUCCAUCCUGCAGCUGGUGAAGCCAUGGUACGAUGAAGUGAAAGAUUAUUCUUUCCCAUAUCCACGUGACUGCAAUCCCAGAUGCCCUCUUAAAUGCUAUGGGCCCAUGUGCACUCAUUACACACAAAUGGUUUGGGCCACGUCAAAUAAAGUUGGAUGUGCCAUCCAUACAUGUCACAAUAUGAAUGUCUGGGGCUCAGUGUGGAGGAGAGCAACGUAUUUGGUGUGUAACUAUUCAGGAAAGGGUAAUUGGAUCGGUGAAGCUCCCUAUAAAGUGGGCGUACCAUGCUCAAUGUGCCCUCCCAGCUACGGUGGCUCAUGCAGUAACAACAUGUGUGUUCCUGCUGUGAACUCUAACUACCUGCACUGGUUUAAAUAAACACACACACACACACACACACACUUUUUCUCUAGUCCCCUGGGAGGCUUUGCACAACAUUCCUGAUUUGUAUAUAUGGAUCUAUUUAAAAUAUAACCAUGUCUUCCAUUUCUUUUUUCCUUUCUUUUUUAUUUUUAAAUGACAAGUCCCUAAAUUAUUUUGUUAAUACAUAUGUAUACCAGGUACUGAAAUGGCAUAAAAAACACAAAGUAUUAUUUAGGGGUGGGAUAUACGGGAGAAAUAUCAUAUUACAAUACUUGACCAUGUUUCACAAUUAUAUGUAUCCUGAUAUUAUUUUUGCUGAGAUUAUAUUUGGAAUAUAUAACAGCAUAAUGUACUGAAGUUCAGUCAGUCACUUGCUAAUAUACACUUUUACAUUUACAGUGUGACAUUACUGUUUGUCAUUUCAGUUGGUGCAAAUAUGUUUCUACACACAGUUGGUCUACUGACUUAAUACCAUAUCACAAUACUCUUAGAAAAAAAAUGUAACAAAAUAUCUUCUUAUCAUCACAUCACCCACCUCUAGUGUUAUUCAUAAAUUACAAUUUUUUAAGGGGUUUAAGAUUCAACACAUCUUCAUUUUGCCCUUUUAUUUACAUCUCUGCAGUUACAAUUAUAAAUUAUAGACAGAUAUAAAUUAUAUACCGUAGAGCCAUAUUAGUCAGUCAGUUUUGUUUUAUAUUAUGUAAACUGGUUGUGUUAUUUUGGUUCAAUGUAAUAGUCUUGUGUUUUUGAACUUAGCACAACAGUUUGGCCAAAAAUGUAACACUUACUUAACUGAAGAACCCUAGGCCCUCAUCAUAUUGUGUAUACGGCCGAUUCACAACUUUCAAUGUUCAGGUCAAGAGAAUGCCAAUUCCAGUGUAGUGAGCUACAAAAUCACUUAUACGUUGUAUGUCAGAAUACACUAUAACACUUAAAAGCAAAUUACAUUUGAGUGAGGUUAAGGUUUACCAAAUUAUUGUCUGAACCCCAAAGUUUCAAAAAUGAUCCAAAAAUCACCUUUUUAAAUCACAUUGCUUCUUUACUUUGCUUAAUGAGUGUAUUAAUUACACACCUAUAAGUGCAAUCUGAUGUUUAAGUCCAACUGCCUUUGAGUUAAAACUAUUUAUCGGCUGAAGUAAACUGUAAAUAUGUUUUUGUAUAAUAGUUAUUAAAUAAUUUUGUUAACAUUUUGUUUGUUUUCAUCUUUUAUUAUUUAAGUGUAAAUUCUAUUGUGUUUUCACUGCCCAGCUAUAGCACUCCGACAUGAAUAAUUCUAAAAGUGAGUAAAAAGGGCAACAGUUUGUCCUGCAGAAGAUUUUUCCUUUAAUUCACACAAUUUAAAUCAAGACAGCAUUUGAAAUGAAAUUUACAUAAUUAUAUUUCACUGUUGAAUGAGAGUUGUCACAGUUUCAUGUGCACUGACUGCUUUUAAAUUUAAGUUGCAUUUAUCGUUUCCUGCCAAACUGCCCUGUCUUUUGUAUUUGUAUUUUGUACUUCUGAAUAAAGCCAGACUUUUGUCUUUGCUUAAACGUAUGACCUUGUUUCUUGUGUCAGUACUGAACAAAACCACACACUGCCUUUGUUUAUUACACGUUAAAUCCUUCUUCACAGCAGGGGGCAAAUCUGAGAGUAAUUACUGUAACAGAGAUGUACACUCAUGUACGUUGUCUUCUAGUCUCAUUUCCCGUUAAGCGUUGUAGUGUCUUUAUCAAAAACAGGACAACGGCUGCGUUAUAUUAAGUAAUCAUUGGCUUAUUUAGGCAAUUCUUUUAAAACAAAGCCUGUGUUCAGGAUACUGUGGAGGAUUUCUGCAUCUUCUGCUCUGUUUCCUUCUCUACUCUCAGGAUUUAUCAAUACUCAUGACCACCAAACACCUCUGACUAGGGGAAAUACUUUAAUUCUAAGGAUCUGAAAACCAGAGCGGAAAUAUAAAGCCAAAUGAAUAUGUUGGUAUAGACAGUAAUUCUUUGAAGACUUUCAUCUGCAUCUGAACAACAGCCAAACACAAACAGACCAUCAUACAGGCUGAAUUGGCAUCAUACAGGCUGAAUUAGCUUGCAAAUGUAAAAGGAAAUCUGUCCAUCAUGGGAAAGACAGGAAAAGGGCCCAGGGAAAAAGUUUGUGACUACUUAUUGUAUAUGACGUCUUUCACAAAACUUGACUGUAAUUUUCCUGUAAUUCAUGAAAGUCUGAGGUGGAGAAUGCAAGUCCUUUUAUUUAGGUCUUUUUUGAAGGAUUGUUGAGGUCUGUGUCAGUAAAAUCCAUCAAAAUCCUUCUCCCAAUUUGGUCAUAGCCUAUUUCCAUUUCCUCAGAGUACCAAUAGGUCAGUCAUCACCUUGUGACCAUGACCCCAUGUGAGUAGUCUAUAAAAGGGCCCUGAGUGACCUGACUGACUCAGUCAUACAACUAUGGUUGCAUAUAUAACCCUGUACUGCA